AUGGUUGACCGUUGGACCAUUACGCUGGAUCCAGAUGAUUGGGAUCAGAUUUUGGUUGUGACAGCCUUCAACGCCAUCGCGCUAUACAACUUUGUUGAGCUCAAUGCCAUGAUAUUCACGACCUUCAAAAGGCGCUCCGGCUUGUACUUUUGGAGCUUCCUGGUUUCGUCCAACGGGGUGGCGCCGUAUGCCAUUGGCUUCCUCCUCAAAGAUCUUCAUCUGUCGCCCUCUCCAUACAUCGACAUUACCCUCAUUAUCAUUGGGUGGGUAACUCUCGUCACCGGCCAGGCCUUUGUGCUAUACUCCCGGCUGCACCUGGUGAUGCGAGACAAGACGAAACUUCGGCUGGUGCUGGUCAUGAUCAUUGUCAACGCCAUCAUCUGCCAUGUUCCGACGACGAUCUUCGUCUACGGUGCCAACUCGGCGAAUCCCACCCGCUGGAUCAAGCCGUAUCAGAUCUACGAGAAGAUCGAGGUAACCCUGUUCUUCGUGGUCGAGUCCAUCCUCUCGGGCAUCUACAUCUGGAAGACCUUAUCGUUCUUCCGCUUCGAGGCGACACUGCACGCAAGGCCGCUGAGCCAGCUCAUGAUGCAUUUGAUCUGGAUCAACGUAGUGAUUAUACUGCUGGACGCUACGAUACUGGCACUCGAGUACGCCGGCUUCUACAAUCUCCAGACGGCAUACAAAGGAAUGGUUUACAGCAUCAAGCUUAAGCUUGAGUUCAAGGUCCUGAACGGGCUGAUAGAACUCACGAAGUAUAAAACGCCCCGAGGGAGCUGGACUAACCAGCUCGCCGCGCAGACCCCCUGCGCGCAGCACCUGCGGAGCGGUUCAACCUCGUCCGGUAGAGGUGGCGGCAAUAGCUCCAACCGGGGCGGCAUCUACGACGGCACCGACCCGGGCACCGGAACCGUCAACUUUGAGACGUUCAACGACACCCUUAGCCGCAUUCACGACACGCACAAGACCGACCGGCCGGACAGCGCGUACGAGGUCCGCAUCUUUGCCGGCGAGGGCGGGAGCCGCGACAGUGACAGCGCCAACGCCGACGGCAUCACAGUCAGGACGACGAUGGAGGUCACCACGACCAAAGCAGAGCCAUGGGAGGCCAUGUCUUGCCGAGGUAUCGAGUCGUUGCACGGCAGCGGCGAGGCACGGCCCGAUACUGCGUAUUCCCAGGCAGACUCGUACCGCUUGUCCGAUCUCGAGCUUGCGCAGAAAGUAUGA